AUGGUAAAAUGGGAAGAUAAUAAACAAUGUACAGCCAAGGCCGAUAUGGUAUUCCUGUUUGAUGAGUCAGGUAGUAUCAGUAACAACAAUGCUAACAACUUUAACAUCAUGAAGACCUUCAUGAAGGAUAUUGUUGGAAAGUUUACCUCAUUUGGUACCUCUGGAAUGCAAGUCUCGUCUGUGUGCUUCGCUGAUGGUGUCCGGGAACAUUUCCCGCUCAAUAAGUACGAUACUUUGCAGAAGAUACAAAACGGUAUUAUGUCGGACAUCAAUCCUAACAAUGGCCCCGCAACUAAAAUAGGAGCUGGUAUUAAGUACGUAAGACAAAACAGUUUCACAGCAGCUAAAGGUGGAGUCAGAACAGACGCUAGGAAGAUUGUGAUUGUCAUAACAGAUGGUCAAAACACAAGCCCGCCAAAUCCUCAAACCGAGGCUGCAUUACUCAAAGCGUUGGCACCGAACGGUGUAACAGUAAUUGCCAUUGGUGUGGGAUCUGGUGUAAACAACGAUCAGUUGAAAUCCAUUGCUACACAGGAUAGCUAUGUUUUCACCACAAAUAAUUUCAACGAACUGUCAAACAUACUUGAUGCUGUAGUCGCUGUUUCAUGUGGAGCUUGUUCCAUCCAAACAUCCAGCCCCGGUCAACCUGGACCACAAGGACCAAAAGGUGAACGAGGAGAAAAGGGCUAUACUGGAGCUCAAGGAGCACCAGGUAAUAAAGGCAUGAAAGGUGACACAGGAGAUCAAGGCAUGCAGGGAAACAAAGGCAUGACGGGAGAUCCUGGUAGAGACGGUACCCCUGGAGGACCAGGCCAGAGAGGUCAGCCCGGAGCAAGAGGUGAAACUGGUAACAAAGGAAUGAGAGGCACAGAUGGAACACCAGGCAAUGCAGGACGAGAUGGUAAUCCUGGACCACAAGGACCACAAGGCGAUCAAGGUAUGGCGGGAGGCAAAGGUCCUACGGGUAACAAAGGAGACACAGGGAAACAGGGCCCAGUAGGCAACCAAGGUCCAGAUGGUAAAAAAGGAGAAAAAGGAGGACCAGGAAAUGUAGGUUCACAGGGUACACCCGGUAACAAAGGAGAAACCGGCGAUAAAGGCGAAGUUGGAAGUAAAGGAGAAACCGGGAACAAGGGAGCAGAUGGGGCCACUGGAGAAACUGGCGCUAAAGGAGAAAAGGGCGAUAAGGGAGAUGUAGGAGAACAAGGACAAACAGGCGAAAAAGGCGGCCAAGGAGAACAAGGAAAAACUGGAAAAAAGGGAGAAAAAGGAGAAACAGGAGAUGGAGGCGCAGAUGGGCAAAAAGGCAAAACCGGCGAUCAAGGAGAAAAGGGUUCAGCCGGCGCUAAAGGUGAACAAGGAGACAAAGGUUCCGCUGGAAAGCAAGGCGAAAAAGGCAUGACUGGUGACAAAGGCGAAAAGGGCGACAAAGGCGACAUUGGCGAUCAAGGACUAAAGGGAAUGGUUGGGAAUGCUGGUAAGAAAGGUGGAGUUGGAAAUCCUGGUGAACAAGGUCAAAAAGGAGGACAAGGAAUAGAUGGAAACAAAGGUGCACAAGGAGAUAAAGGUGAGACUGGAAUGAAAGGAGAAACGGGGAACAAAGGAGAAGUAGGAGGUGUUGGUGCACCAGGCAGACCAGGAGAUAAAGGAAUAAAAGGAAACAAAGGAGACCAAGGGGACCAAGGCAAACAGGGAGCGAAAGGUUCAACAGGAGACACAGGUACACAGGGACUUAAAGGAGCAACAGGAAACAAAGGGGAGAAAGGAGACAAGGGAGACCAGGGCGAUGUAGGUCUGGCGGGAGCAAAGGGCACAAAGGGUGACGAUGGUAACAAAGGAGCAGAUGGCAUGCCUGGAACCGAUGGGAAACAAGGAGCACCGGGAGAGAAGGGUGUAGGUGGCGAUAAAGGAGUGGCAGGUGAUAAUGGACAGCCUGGUGACAAUGGAAAGACAGGAGACCAGGGACCAGUUGGACCAAAAGGAAUGACAGGAGAUACUGGACCACAAGGACCAUUAGGCGACCAUGGAACGAAAGGUGACCAAGGCGAAAAAGGCGACAAAGGAGAAAAGGGCGACAAAGGUGACAAAGGAGACGAUGGAAAGAAAGGAAAAGACGGUGAACAAGGGAAACAGGGAGAAAUGGGAAAGACCGGAGAACGAGGAGCAAAGGGAGACCAGGGACCAGAUGGUACACAAGGUAUGAAAGGAAUGAAGGGACCAGAUGGAGACAAAGGUGCAGUUGGAGAUCAAGGUGCACAUGGAGAAAAGGGAGCACAAGGUGAUACGGGAAAAGCUGGAGAGAAAGGUGUUGUAGGAGACCAAGGACCGAUCGGUGCAGUAGGACCGAAAGGACCCCAUGGUGAUCCAGGAAAAGAUGGACAAAAGGGAGAAACAGGAGCACAAGGGGAGAAGGGAGAAAAGGGAGACAAAGGAGACAUGGGAGAACAAGGCAAACAGGGACCAGCAGGAACCAUAGGAAUGACAGGGGACCAAGGUGCUAAAGGUAUGAUUGGUGACAAAGGUAAGCCCGGAGAAGUGGGACCAACUGGAGCCCCAGGAGAAAAGGGUCACGAAGGGGAUAAGGGAUUACCAGGCGAUAUAGGACCAAAGGGACCAACCGGGGCACCAGGAGAGAACGGAAUGGAUGGAGGAAAAGGACCAGAUGGCAACUCAGGACCAAUAGGACCAAAGGGUGAACAAGGGGACCAAGGACCAAAAGGAAUCCCUGGAGACAAAGGAGAGCCAGGAGACCAAGGAGCCCAUGGAACACCUGGUGCUCAAGGAAUACAAGGUCUAGCUGGCCCAAAGGGACCUAAAGGUGAUGCUGGAAUUAAAGGACAAACAGGAGACAAAGGCGCUGAUGGUAAGAAUGGAAUUGAUGGAAAGAAGGGCGCAACUGGUGACUCAGGAGAAAAAGGACCACAGGGUAAACAAGGUCCAAUAGGACUUCAAGGACCAAAGGGACCAAAAGGAAAUGACGGUAUGAAGGGAAUGAAAGGAAUCAAAGGCGACAAAGGAGACCAAGGCGACAAAGGAGUCCACGGAGACAAAGGUGCUGAUGGUAUGAAAGGUCAGAAGGGCGACAAAGGAGCAGUUGGCGAGAAAGGUAUGCAAGGAGAAAACGGAAAAGAUGGACAAAAAGGAGCUAAAGGUGACACAGGUGACAAAGGAUUAAAAGGAGACGCUGGCGACAAGGGACAAGACGGUAUGAAAGGAUCGACCGGAAAUAAGGGUGACAAGGGCGAAACAGGAAACAAGGGCAUGACUGGUGCGAAAGGAAUGACAGGAAACAAGGGCGUCCAAGGAGACGUUGGUGGCAAAGGAGAAACUGGCGAAAAAGGCAUGACAGGAGUAACUGGCGAACAGGGAGCACAGGGAAUCAAAGGCGAUACUGGUGAUGCUGGAAAAGAUGGAUCUAAUGGUGCAAAGGGAAUGACUGGAGAAAAGGGGGAGAAAGGCGAGAAAGGAGAAAAGGGAUACACCGGUGAUACAGGAGAAAAGGGAAUGAAAGGUCAUAAAGGUGACAAGGGAGACAAAGGAGAAGCUGGAGCAGAUGGCAAGGACGGUAAACAUGGCCAUAAGGGUAUGAAAGGAGACAAAGGACACACAGGAGAAAAGGGACACAAAGGUGACCAUGGUGACAAGGGAUUGAAAGGUCACAAAGGAGAUGCAGGUCAUAAGGGCACACAGGGAGUAAAGGGCGCGACAGGAGAUAAGGGACCAAAAGGUGACAAAGGUCAUACUGGGGAUAAGGGAUUGAAAGGUGAUCAAGGUGACAAAGGAGGCCAGGGUAUCAAAGGAAUCAUUGGAGAUAUGGGAGCCGAAGGUUAG